CAACAACACAGCGUCAGUAGUUCUUCCACGUCCCUUACAACAUGCAUCGUGCAGGCAGGUCGUUCAAAGUGCAGCCCGCGAGGGUAGCAGCCGUCCUUGGUGUCAACGGGCGCCCCCACCCCCCGCCCGCGUCUGUGCACACCGCCGUGCCAGCUUCAGCGGCUCCGGCGACGGGGAACCAUCUGAGCCUCGCUUCCCCGGCCGCCCACGUCACGCAGGAACGCCUGAUCCACGGGAGCGCGCCGGCGAGAGCGGAGGACCAUCUCCAGCCCGCGGGAGUGACGGCUCCUGAGGGUGCCGCCCCCCUCGUUCCUCCGCCCGUGCCCGAGUCGGAAGGGCCUGCACUUGAGAAUUUGAAGGAGGCAGUGCUAGCAGCAGAUAUAAAGCUUGCCAGCGCCUCAGCUGAUGCGCUAGCAGCAGAAAUAGCCCCUGAAGCCGCCGAGGUAUCAGAAGUUGAUUCAGCACCGAGAGAAGCAGCGCCGGUCUCUGUUGCAGAACAAGUGGCCGCAAAAGUGCCAGAUGCAGAAAUUACAGAAACAAAAGCAUCAGAAACAAUAGUAGAAGCAGCACCAGUGGUUGAAACAGAAGCAGUAGCAGAAGCAGCACCGGUAGAAGCUGCGGCGGCACCAGCAGCAGAAGCAGAGGCAAAACCAGCAGCUGAAGUAGAGGCAGCACCUGUAGCAGAAGCAGAGGCAGCACCAGCAACAGAAGCAGAGGCAGCACCAGCAGUAGAAGCAGAGGCAGCACCAGCAGCUGAAGCAGAGGCAGCACCUGUAGCAGCAGCUGAAGCAGAGGCAGCACCAGCAGCAGAAGCAGAGGCAGCACCAGCAGCAGAAGCAGAGGCAGCACCAGCAGCAGAAGCAGAGGCAGCAGCUGAAGCAGAGGCAGCACCAGCAGCAGAAGCAGAGGCAGCACCAGCAGCAGAAGCAGAGGCAGCACCAGCAGCAGAAGCAGAGGCAGCACCAGCAGCAGAAACAGAGGCAGCACCUGUAGCAGAAGCAGAGGCAGCACCUGUAGCAGAAGCAGAGGCAGCACCAGCAACAGAAGCAGAGGCAGCACCAGCAGCAGAAGCAGAGGCAGCACCUGUAGCAGAAGCAGAGGCAGCACCAGCAGCAGAAGCAGAGGCAGCACCUGUAGCAGAAGCAGAGGCAGCACCUGUAGCAGAAGCAGAGGCAGCACCUGUAGCAGAAGCAGAGGCAGCACCUGUAGCAGAAGCAGAGGCAGCACCAACAGCAGAAGCAGAGGCAGCACCUGUAGCAGAAGCAGAGGCAGCACCUGUAGCAGAAGCAGAGGCAGCACCAGCAGCAGAAGCAGAGGCAGCACCUGUAGCAGAAGCAGAGGCAGCACCAGCAGCAGAAGCAGAGGCAGCACCAGCAGCAGAAGCAGAGGCAGCACCUGUAGCAGAAGCAGAGGCAGCACCAGAAGCAGAGGCAGCACCUGUAGCAGAAGCAGAGGCAGCACCAGCAGCAGAAGCAGAGGCAGCACCUGUAGCAGAAGCAGAGGCAGCACCAGCAGCAGAAGCAGAGGCAGCACCUGUAGCAGAAGCAGAGGCAGCACCAGCAGCCGAAGCAGAGGCAGCACCAGCAGCCGAAGCAGAGGCAGCACCAGAAGCAGAGGCAGCACCAACAGCAGAAGCAGAGGCAGCACCAACAGCAGAAGCAGAGACAGCACCAGCAGCAGAAGCAGAGGCAGCAGCAGAAGCAGAGGCAGCACCUGUAGCAGAAGCAGAGGCAGCACCAACAGCUGAAGCAGAGGCUGACUACAGCAGAAGCAGAGUGCAGCACCAACAGCUGAGCAGAGGCUGGACUAACAGUCAGAAGCAGAGGCACCACCUGUAG